AUGUCCACACCGCUGGAGGAUGCGAUGGACACCUUGAUCAGGAUUUUCCAUCACUACUCUGGCAAAGAAGGAGACAGAUACAAGCUCAGUAAAAGAGAACUCAAGGACCUCCUCACCAGUGAGCUCACUGACUUCUUUUCAGGCCAAAAGGAUCCUCUUCUGGUUGACAAGAUUAUGAAAGAUCUGGACUCCAACCAAGACAAUGAAGUGGAUUUUCAUGAAUUUGUCAUUCUGGUUGCAGCUUUGACUGUGGCAUGUAACAAUUUCUUUGAAGAACAGCAAAAGGAAGAGGGAUAUUAA